GGAAGUAAACCAAGCAUUGACAGGGAAUGAAAGUGAGAAGAUGGCUGACGGAGCAGAAAAAUCGAAAGCAAGGCAGCGUUUUGCACUCUUGCAGAAGAGAGCAUCGCAGCUUGGUCUUAACAAUAAUGACAUUUUAAAUCUAGGUGUCAUCCAACAGCACCAAAAGCCGAUCAGCCUAACUCGCAUUGUGUAUAAAACAUUUUUCAUCCUGCUGUUGGUUGGCAGUCUCAUCGCAGGGGCGCUGUAUGGAGCUUAUGCUUACAAAUUGGUCAGUGGAAAAUGGUUUGCAAAGCUGUGGGUGAACCAUGUUAUUCCAAUGGAUCUUGAACAAGAGCAAUGUUUGUUACCCACUACAGAAAUAAUGCUAGAUGUGUUUCGGCCACCACUGGAUUGCAGUUUUUGUGAAGGAAUCCACAAGGAAGACAGGGUUGCAAACUUGACAGCAGAAGAGUUCAAAGACAAGUAUGGUUAUUCUGGGAGAGUGACCAUUGUGACAGAUGGUACUAAAGAUUGGUCUGCCUCCAAAUUUUUCAGUCUUGGUUUUUUCAAAAAAGUUUAUGGGAAGAAUAGCCCGGUUUUAGAGAGUGCAAGCAAGGAUUGCCAGUUUUUCAGAUAUAACACAGAUUUUAAUACUAUGAAGGAAGUUUUCACCAUGCCAAAAAAGAUGCAAAAAAUGGAAGGGAAGCCAUGGUAUAUUGGAUGGAGUAAUUGUGAUCCAAAAGCUGCCUCCACAUUGAGAAAAUAUUACAAGCGACCAUACUUCUUCUCAGAUGAAAUUGAAUCCAGUAAAACUGAUUGGAUUUUCAUGGGAACCCCAGGAUAUGGUGCUCACAUGCAUAUUGACAAUGUGAAAUACCCUUCAUGGCAAGCACAAAUUCAAGGCACUAAAAUCUGGACAAUUGAACCACCACCUGAAUGCUACUACAAAUGUCCUGGUGCAUUCAAAGUUGUUGUAAAUCCAGGUGAUAUAAUAAUCUUGGAUACAAACAAAUGGUUUCACCAGACUGAUAUUGUUGGCCAGAACAUGAGCAUAACAAUUGGUUCAGAGUAUGAUUGAAAUGUCAGGACAACAGAGGCUUAUUUUUCUCAACCCAAAUCGCUGUAUUUAAAUCAAAGGAAACAGAACUUCAAGCCAUAUUUUUGAAAAGUAUUUUUUACUUCUAGUUUUGUCUAAUAGUGCAACCAAAGGAAAGGCAAAGGGUAUUCUUUGUGUCUUAAGACAAGUUGUUUGCAGAUUCCAACUUGGGUUUGAAUUCUAUAUUUAAAUGUUUAAAGAAAGGAACAUACAUGUAAAAAGAAAUGCAUUUGCCUUUCUCUGUCUUGAAGAUUUGUAUGUAUUUAAGUUGAAGUUGAGUUGUUAGGCUAAUUAUUUACUUAGAAGUGUGGCAUCUAAUUACUGACAGUCAUAAUCGUACACAAUUUCAGUUUCCUUGUUAAAAUCUACUCAGAUAUAGAAAAUGCUAGAUAGCCUUUUUAGGAUUCAGUAGCUCUGAUUGAAAUUGAUAUCCAAAUCAAAUAGAUAUACAAUGUUUUCUGAAUCCUGAACUGUUGAAAAUCCUGAAUAUCAAACAUUAAAUCUUAACGGGGUAUAUCCAAUACCAAUGAUUUGUAUGUGUGAGCAGUCAAACACAGUAUAUGGUACCAUAUUCAGAUUUCAAAGUCUUAGGCAUAAAUUUUUUUAAGAAAUUGAAACUAACAAACUAUAUUACAACCAAUAGAGAGAAGAAACUAGUCCAUAAAGAAAUGUUUCCUGAUUUUCUAUACUUUUGUUAUGUUAUGCUCCUGCCCCAAUGUUGUUUUUCAACUACAUGUUACCUAACUAACUGCAACACCGGUGUAGUGCUAUCCAAAUAACAAGGGGGGCUGCUGAACAUAAUUUUGCUAAAAACAAUAGCAAAAUUAGAAAUUGGCUAAUUUUUGCAUUAACAAGGGGGCUCAGUCCUUUAGCACUACACCCCUGUCUUGCAACCCUCUCUGACUGUAAGAUGUAGUGGCAAACACACCUUUAUGAGAAAUAAAUGAAUUUUAAACUUUACUAAUGUUAGGGAUAAUUUCAAGAGUUCUAACUCAUUAUAUUUUUCAUUCACAAUAUCUACCCUUUAAUUGAUCUUAUACAGCAUGUCAAAGACAAGCUUCUGCAGACAUCUAAUACACACAAAAUUGGUUUAAAAAUAAAACUUAGUAAUCUUCGAGUUUCCCGUGUAACUUUUUCACAGAAGUAUUGUCGUUUAUUCUAUCAGCAAAUUUUUUUAAGAAUUAAAUUUUUGGGGAAA